AUGUCGGAGCGCGCGCCUGAAUGCCCGCAUGCCGCUCGAAGACCCGACGCUGAUCUGCGCUCUUUUUCUACUUCCGCUGCUUCGGAUAGACACCGAUCCCGUCGCUCUGGCUCGCUGAGACAAACUAUGAGUGAAAGUAGGGAUCCUGAUAAGCGCCAGGCGGGCGUUGUGUUGCUUUCUUCUUCGCCUUUGCCUGUACCUGGGUUGUCUAGUGGUUCGCCUUCGCCGUCGAUUUCGUCGGUUGAUACUGCUGGUUCUGGGGUAGGGUUUGGUGGACAUGGACAUGGACAUGAUGAUGGCGAUGGCGAUGAAGAUCGCGACGAAGACUUUUAUAUCCUCGAGGACGAUGGUAGGGCGCCGUUGAUCACCACUGCUGCCAGUGGCGCAGAGCCGUCUGCGCCGUCGCGCGUUUCCUUGUCAUCGUGGGGGACGGCCGCAUCGUCGGUAUUAUCAGCGUCGCCGUCCCUGUCUGCGCCUAGUAUUGAGCAGCGCACGUAUGUCUGUCUUUUCCAUAUGCUGGACUGCCAUGAGUCCUUCGACGACGACGCACAGUGGAGAACCCAUGUCUGCAGUCACUUCCGGUCACACCCCACGCCACACACGGCGAGAUGUCCACUCUGCCCGAGUACGAAGUUCGUCGAUGGGAUCGCGGAGCCUAUAUCAUCGCCCGUUCUGGAAGACGGCGAGUCUCUCCGCAGCGAGAAUAUCGUUAUGGCAAGUCAUGGACCUGGAGCUAGACCUGGUCAACCCUCAGCUUGGGAUCGAAUGCUUGACCAUGUUGCUGCUGAGCAUUACCGGCUUGGCCAGACAUUAGCGGGGAGCCGACCGGAUUUCGAGUUAAUGCGGUAUCUGUACGGGCUGCGGAUUAUCACUGAUGCGCAGUUCAAGGCUAUGCAGUUGCCGCCGGCACCGUCAAGUCCGGCUUAUCAUCGCUCGCAGGAUGGGGUUAGGGCGAGUAUUGGGUCGGCUGAUGAGCCUUAUUGUGCGCCUUAUAGUAAAAGGAGGGAACAGAGGAUGCGUGGGCAGUCGAGGGGUGUUGUUGUGUAA